UGCAUGACGCCCAUUGGUGUGUGUCCUUGUUAAAGGAAGGACGGUGAUACGCGGAAGUAAAUCGUCCUGAAAAGUGGAGUGCUUCACGAAGCUUGAGCGUUUAUUGUGCGAAUUCGUCCAUCCGGUGAAUCGACACAACUACACCAGACAACAGCGAGGGUGUAUCUAUCAAGAGACAUCUCCGAAAUAUGUAACGAAGUUCGCCAGUUCCUGUCACUUCUCUGGACUUUUGUUUUUAUGGGACCUAGACUGGUGUUUUCAUGAGUUUAGUUUGCAGUAACACUGACGGAAGUACAGUGGCUUACUUAGGAUAAAGUGCUAGUGCUACUGAAAAAGUAGAGUACGUAAACACACCGAUACUUAUCGAUAGUCGAGGAUCGGCGUGGUUUGGAGCGAGGAUCGGCGUGGUUUGGAGCAAGCUUCGCCCCAUGGUUGCUCUGCGCCUAACCCCGCAGCGCUUGUAACACGGACUACGCUUUUGGACAUCAUCGCAACGUGAAUUUCUUACGAGUGUUUCCAUCAGAAGUGAAUUUUCUUAAAGCAGUAUGGGAGAUCGACUGAUCAACGAAGGUCUGAAGACGAUUUUCUUAUUGUUGUGGUUGGGUGCCAAUGUUGGCUAUUGGAUUCAGGUGUUUUGGACCUACGAGUAUGGACCACAGUACUUCUAUAUCCGACGCAUUAUUGGGCCUGGUGUGUCCGUUGCUAAGGCCUGCGGAGCCUGUCUCAAUUUAAACAGUAUGUUAAUUCUUCUACCAGUCUGUCGUAAUCUCAUCUCAUUCUUGCGAGGAUCCUGCGAAACAAACAAGCUUUGCCGUAGAAGUGUUCGUCGCCAACUGGACAAAAACCUGACAUUUCACAAGACUCUAGCCUACAUGAUCACUCUAUUGAACAUUGUGCAUUGCAUCGCACAUUUCUUCAACUUCCGCAACUUGUAUGAUCACUUUCGCGACUGUGAAAAUUAUUUUCCUGCUGAUAGCCCCUACAAAGGUGUCUCCUGCAAAUUGAGAGAUUUAGAAGCCAUGGGAGGAACUUGGAUUAAUCCUGUGAGGUUCGAAAACAAGGCUUUGCCUUUUGGUUUUCCAUUGAUUGAGCAAGGUGUCAUCCAGAUUGCAGGCUGGUCAGGUGUAGUUCUUACCCUGGUCUUCAUCAUUAUGUUUUCUUCAGCCACUGAGUUCAUUCGACGUUCAUAUUUUGAGACAUUCUGGGUCACGCAUCAUUUAUUUGUCAUCUACUUUGCUAUGCUGCUCGUCCACGGAGUAGGAGGUGUGAUCCGUUCUCAGAACAACUUAGCUGAGCAUAACAUUACUUACUGUUCCCAGCAACCAGAACUCUGGACUCCUAGUAGUCAACCCUGUCCUUAUCCCAACUUUGUCAUGGGCAGUGCUGCAAGUUGGAAAUGGUGCGUUGGACCCAUUGCUAUCUAUAUCCUGGAAAGGUUUGUCAGGUUCAUCCGUAGCUGUCAGAAGGUGCAAGUCAUUAAAGUUGUCAAGCACCCAUCUAAGGUGAUUGAGCUUCAGAUGAAGAAGUCUGGCUUUAAGAUGUUGUCAGGACAGUACGUCUUCCUUAAGUGUCCAGCUCUUUCCCACAUCCAGUGGCAUCCGUUCACUCUCACUUCGGCCCCUGAAGAUGAUUUCUUCAGUAUUCACAUCCGUACCGUGGGUGAUUGGACCACAGGCCUAGCUAAGGUGAUGGGUGCAGAUAACGACACUCCUAUUGAGUCUAACCAACUUGCUAGGGUCGCUGUGGAUGGACCCUUUGGCACAGCCAGUCUUGAUGUCUUCAAAUACCAGGCUGCUGUGUGUGUAGGUGCAGGCAUUGGGGUGACUCCAUUUGCAUCCAUUCUUCGUUCAAUCUGGCAUCAGAGUAUGGAUCCAAACCUUGACCUCAAGUUGAAGAAAGUCUAUUUUUUCUGGAUCUGUCCUGACACCAAUGCCUUUGAGUGGUUCUCUGAGAUGCUAGACUCCUUGGAGAACCACAUGAUAGAGCAGGGCAAGGCAGAUUUCCUCAAGUACAACAUUUACCUGACCAGAGGUUGGAAUACUAAACAGGCCAAGAAUAUCUAUCUUCAGGAAGAGGAGGAAGUGGACGCUAUCACCGGCUUGAAACAGAAGACCAACUAUGGCCGACCCAAGUGGGAUGACAUCUUCAAAAUGAUCGCUGAAGAGAAUCCAGGCACCAGCGUUGGUGUCUUCUUCUGUGGGCCUAAGGUCCUCUCUCAAGUUCUCCACAAGUGCUCCAACAAGCAUUCCAACAUCAAAGGAGGAGCCAGAUUCUUUUACAACAAGGAAAAUUUCUAAGCUAAUGAUGUUGAGUCAACCUGUCAUCGCAAUAAAUACUGUUCUCACUUUUGAUUUGUUAAGACAUAAUAACAAGAAUACUGUUUACCCAAAAGAGGUUAGAAAGAAUUAUCCCAGUUGUGCUGUUUGUAAUACCAUAGACCUAUGGAGGAAUUUGGGUGAAUAGUUUUGCAAACGAUCGUGGAGAUGCUUUGUGUGGUAAAUUUAAUUCCGUUAAUUCUGGAUGUAAUUGUGCAUUAUAGAACAGUCUGUGGGAUUUCAGCGCUGGUCAAAAUGCGUGGUGCAAAAUUGGUGCUUGGUGCAAAAUGCUUCAAGUGAAAUGAGUGAAGGAUUUUAAAUUGUAGUCAUGAGUAGGUCUCGGCCAAUGUGGACAGGAAGUCGGUAUCUAGCCAUGUGAAUUUUGUUGAGUCAGAUAAUAGACUGUUUACCAAUCAGAAUUGGCUUAUUAAUAAUGAUAAAUUGUGGCUUUUUUAAACGUUGUCUUGUGUAGUUUGAACACUUAAUUAAUUUGAGGAAAUUAAUUUAAAUAUUUGUAUUUGUGCACCUUGUAUUGGUUUGUGCUGAACUUGUGCAAAUUGAAUUUGAAUUUUUAAGCAUAAGAGCAAUUUUAUUUUAAGUACCCACUAUUUUUGUAACACCUUUUUUUCUGUCGAUUGAUAUCUGCAGAUGGAAUUUGUGAAUCCAGUUGGAAUGAAUUUAAUGACCACAGUAAUUUUACGCUAAUGGUGUUGAUAAGGUGUAAAUUUAAUCUUUCAUACUGAUUCGGCUUUUUGCACUGUCAUUUCCAUAUUAUCCUAUAAAAUUCUUUUUUAAUGUCACCAUUUUUAAACAUCAAUAUUUUCAUAAGAAACUCAAAACAACACUUGCAAAUAGGAACAGGUUUAGUAAAAGCGUUUAUUUUGGAAACCUAUUUUUACUUUGUCGUUUAUGAUAUGUAGUGAGUGCCAACGGAAUAUUAAGAAAUAAAAGCACUCAUUUGAAAUUGCAAAUAAAAUAUUGAAACUUGA